CACGUUCAUCGUUACUCUUACCGUUACCGGUGAGCUAAAAUCGUCCCGACGAUCUCACAUGUCAGACACCGGUAUUUUUCCAUCGACAGUCACACGAAUGAUGCGCAUUCUUGAGAACAACCGUCCUUUCCGGAUGCAUCCCAGCGUUGCACUGGUGGCGCUGGACGUUGUCGUCAUCUUAGCGGGAUUUAGUGCUUUUAUCUGUGUUUUAGCAGCAUUCUCUGGGAACUACAUCGACGAUGAAAAUGUAUUCCAUGCGGUUGUUAUGUUUUGUACUUUCUUUCUGAAAUCCACAUCGUCCAUCUUGGACGUUUGUGGUGUUUGGCACUUUUGGCUCGAUUCGAAGACCAUUCACGUGAUGAAUGUUGUGGAGUGUUUUACCGGCACAUUCUUCGCUCUAAUAUCUUCCUCCGUAGCCACAGGAUUUUACGUAAAACGCUGGGAGAUCCCAUGUGAACUUCAACGAGGACGCGGAAAUUUCCAAAAAUGCGACUGCUUGGUAGCCAGUAUCGUUUUGGGAUUUCUGGCUGCUACCGUUCUGUUUUUAAAAGGUUACAUCUGUUUUAAACGGGCCAGAUCUGCAGACAGCGACUGCAACGCUGCUAGUAUUUUGUUUUCUGAUAAGUAGAGUCUAAAUUUUAAUCCUGCA